CUCACAUCGCUGCUGAGCUCCGUCCAGCGUGCAGCUGCCGACCGGAGCCACUGACGUCUGCGGGACCAGGGACAGCAGGGAGCGGCCAACCAGCGCAGCACAGCACCGGAAGCGGAGCAGCAGGGAGAUGGAGGAGGAGAAGAAGCAGAGGAGUCUCCUCCGGGAGGCGUCGCAUCAGAUCAUCGCCGGAGGAUCCGCGGGUUUGGUGGAGAUCUGCCUGAUGCAUCCCCUCGAUGUGGUGAAGACCAGAUUCCAGAUCCAGACGUCAACCAGUGACCCCAACAGCUACAAGGGCCUGAGCGAUUGCUUCCGCACCAUCAUCCGUAAUGAAGGCAUCUUUGGCUUCUACAAGGGAAUCCUGCCUCCGAUUGUGGCCGAGACACCAAAGAGAGCAGUCAAGUUUUUCACUUUUGAACAAUACAAGAAGUUGCUGAACUUGACUCCUCUGUCUCCUGGUUUGGCGCUGUCUGUAGCCGGGCUCGGCGCAGGCCUGACCGAGGCUGUCGUCGUCAAUCCGUUCGAGGUGGUGAAAGUCAGUCUCCAGGCCAACAGAGAUACGUUCAAAGAGCAACCCUCCUCAUUCGCUCAAGCCAGACGCAUCAUUAACUCGGACGGCUUUGGACUGAGGGGUCUGAAUAAAGGAUUAACAUCAACACUCGGACGCCAUGGAGUCUUCAACAUGAUCUACUUUGGCUUCUACUUCAAUGUCAAGGAUGCUAUUCCUACCAGCCCGGACCCGACCCUUGAGUUCAUGAGGAAGUUUACCAUCGGCCUCGUGUCCGGGACCAUCUCCUCCUGCGUGAACAUCCCCUUCGACGUGGCCAAGAGCCGCAUCCAAGGCCCGCAGCCGGUGCCAGGAGAGAUCAAGUAUCGCACCUGCUUCCAGACCAUGGCCCUCGUGUCCCGGGAGGAGGGAUACUUGGCUCUGUACAAGGGGCUGGUGCCCAAGAUAAUGAGGCUUGGACCAGGUGGAGCAGUGAUGCUGCUGGUGUAUGAAUAUGUCUCCGGUUGGCUUCAGAAGAACUGGUAACAAAAACAAA